AUGACCACCACCAGCACGGGCGCCUCCUUUACCCUGGACCUUUCGACGGUGCUGUGCCUGACCUUCUGCCUCUCCUUCAUGCCAAUCGCCUACCUACUCGGCAAAGCGCUAAUUCCCUCCGGCCACACGCGCGAUCGAAUCCUCUUCUUCUGGCACGCCUACGACGCCCUCACCCACAUCUUCAUCGAGGGCUCCUUCCUCUACGAAUGUUUCUUCAGCUACGCCGCCUUACCAAAGGGCAUCGUCAGCUCAGGCCCCCACUUCCUCAAUCGCAUCGAUCGGAUCUACGGCGCCGCGCACGGCACAGGGCCCAGCGCCCGACUCUGGCAAGAAUACGCCAAGGCGGACGGUCGCUGGGCCACGGCCGAUGUCACGGUUGUCUCGUUGGAAUUGUUGACUGUUUUCCUGGGCGGUCCGGCCGCGCUGUACGUGUGCUACUUGCUGUGUCGGGCGUCGAAUGAGACGUUGAGUGUGCGUGCGCGCGGGGGAGCGAAGGCGACGCUGUGGUUUGUGGCGACGGCGUUGGCGACGGCAGAGCUGUAUGGUGGGUUUAUGACCUUUGCGCCGGAGUGGUUGACGGGGAGUGUGCAGCUGGCGACGGAGGAUCCGGUUUAUCUGUGGGUGUAUCUGUUCUUUUUCAAUACGUUGUGGGUGUUUAUUCCCUUGUGGGUGUUGUGGGAGGCUGGGAAGGAGUUGCAGGCUGCUUUUGUGUCGAGGGAGGUGGUUGUGGCUGAGCGGAAGGGGAAAUAA